AUGGCACCCCUCAAGCUCAACAGCGAAAACCUGUCUCAGAUUGCGGCCGCAGGUGAGGUCAAAGUCCCAAAUUAUCCACGCGGUCGUGCCGUCAAGGAAGGAAUUGUUCAUGUUGGGGUUGGGGGCUUUCACCGAGCUCACCUUGCGGUCUAUGUCGAUCAAUUGAUGCAGAAUGGCCUGAAAGACUACGCAAUCUGCGGCGUUGGCCUGCAACCCUUUGAUGCUGCCAUGCGCGACGUUCUAGAAUCGCAAGAUUAUCUCUACACAGUCAUCGAGCGCUCAGCAAAGGGAAAUGUGGCCCGCGUUGUGGGAAGCAUCAAUUCUUACUUGUUUGCGCCCGAUAAUUCUGAGGCUGUUAUUGCCAAGAUGGCCCACCCCGAUACCCAUAUUGUGUCUCUUACAAUCACCGAAAGCGGUUAUUAUUAUAAUGAGAACACCCAUGAGCUACAAAAUGAUCACCCGGAUAUUGUUUACGACCUCAACCCAGCCAAUUCUCCGCGUACCACUUUCGGUUACCUCUACGCCGCUCUGGCGCGACGCCACGCGCAAGGGCUUAAGCCAUUCACUGUUAUGUCAUGCGAUAAUAUGCAAAAAAAUGGAUCUAUCACACGCCAUAUGGUUGAAUCUUUUGCGCGUCUGCGGGGGGACCCCAUAGUCGCUAAAUGGAUUGCGGAGCAAGGCGCCUUCCCCAACGCCAUGGUCGACCGUAUUACCCCACAGACCAACGCAUCUGACAAAUCAGACCUCGCAGAAAAUUUCGGAAUUGAAGAUGCAUGGCCUGUCAUCACUGAACCUUUUACACAAUGGGUUAUUGAAGAUAAGUUCUCUGAUGGUCGCCCACCCUUCGAGCAGGUGAAGGUCGGAAUCCAGAUUGUCAAAGGUGUCCAUGAGGUUGAGCAAUUCGAGAAACACAAACUUCGCCUUCUUAAUGGCGGCCACUCGGCAAUUGGUUAUGCAGGUCAGCUGGCCGGUUUCAAAUACGUCCACGAAGUCAUGGAGAACCCGGUAUACCGUCGCUUUGUGUGGCAGACAAUGCAGGAAGUCAAGCCCCUCUUGCCUGUGAUCCCGGGUGUCGACAUCGAUGCUUACUGCACUACCCUUAUUGAGCGCUUCUCCAACCCAGCUAUCAUGGACCAGCUUCCCCGCCUUUGCUUAAACGCCUCUGGAAAGAUCCCACAGUUCAUUAUGCCGUCCAUUGCUGAAGCCAUUUGGGUUGCUGGACCUUUCCGCCACUUGUGCUUUGUUGUCGCUGCUUGGUUCCGUUACAUCAAUGGAGUAGACGACAGCGGUGAAAAGUUUGAAGUCGUGGAUCCGAUGCGCGAGGAACUACAAGCUCGCGCAGGUAGCAGCAAUCCAAUCGAUGUCCUCAAGAUCGACAACCUUUUUGGCGAUGACUUGCGCACCGACAAGAGGUUCCUCGAGGAAGUCACCACUGCCAUGGAUCUGAUUACCCAGGACGGCAUCAUGAACACGCUCCCAAAAUACAUUGACUGA